AUGGUUAAAGAAAAAUUAGUUGCUGUGCGCGCAGCUUUUUUAGCUGCUAUGUUAGGUGUUGUUGGUAUUCUAGCGGUAAAUCCCGCAGAAGCGUAUCCCGUUUUUGCACAACAAAACUACGCAAACCCACGUGAAGCAAACGGUCGUAUUGUUUGUGCUAACUGUCACUUAGCUCAAAAACCUGUUGAAAUUGAAGUUCCUCAAGCUGUUUUACCGAAUACAGUAUUUGAAGCGGUUAUUGAAAUUCCAUAUGAUAAACAAGUCAAACAAGUAUUAGCUAAUGGUAAAAAAGGUGAUUUAAAUGUUGGUAUGGUUUUAAUUCUUCCAGAAGGUUUUGAAUUGGCGCCACCAGAUCGUAUUCCUGAAGAAAUCAAGAAAAAAGUAGGUAAUCUUUACUACCAACCAUACAGUCCAGAACAAAAAAAUAUUUUAGUUGUAGGUCCAGUACCAGGCAAAAAAUACAGCGAAAUGGUAGUUCCUAUUUUAUCCCCAGAUCCUGCUAAAAAUAAAAACGUUUCUUUUUUAAAAUAUCCUAUUUACUUUGGCGGUAACCGUGGCCGUGGUCAAGUUUAUCCGGAUGGUAAAAAAUCAAACAACACUAUCUAUAAUGCAUCAGCG